AUGGACAUCGACGUCGUUGCACCAUCCUAUACGAUCCUCCGCAUAAAACGGAAGCGGAAUGAGGAGCCGCUUGAUGCACUAGUGGUCGAGUCAAGACGAAAGAAGAAGUCUCGUGGAGGUGCUGCAGGGCUUGGGGUCGGCGCGGGAGUCUUCCAGUUUGCCCAGACGGUGGAAAAUGACGCCUGGGAUGAUGAACGCAAGAAGCGCGAUAUCGAGGACCAAGUCUCGCGUCUGGCGGCGGCCGAAGCCACAACACCUGCUGUAGCCGCCCAAUCGAAAGCUCUACCCCGGGGUCCUCCAUCGCCAACGGUGGCAAAAGAGGACACACAACGACGAUAUAAGGUCAUCAUGCAGGAACAACCAGAGAGACCGCUGAAACGACGGUUUCCUUCAAGCCCUCCUAAAGUUCUUUCUGCCAAAGACCUCGAAGCCGCCAAACCAAAAGACACCGGUUUUACGCUGUACGAUGCAGUCCUUUCCGGAGACAAGUCUGCUUCGAUGGGGAAUGACGACGAGUUGGACAAAUUCCUGCCGAUGUUGAGCGAUUAUCUGAACAUCAAUGACAUCACCGUCCCCAGCGACCUCUCUUCCUCCACGUCAUCCGACGACUAUGUCUGGGAUGUCUUUUACCAUAGAGCGGCCACCUUGAGUGAAUGGAAUGCCGCUGCGAAUGUCGGGACACUCACUGGUCUGCCUCCGUCGGUAACCGAUCCUUAUGAUUCCGCCUCAGACUCGGAAGAAGAGGAUGAAGCGGACGAGGAUUCAAAUGCGGAGGAAUAUUACAAAAACGACUAUCCCGACGAGGAGGAUAGCUCAGAAGAAGAGCGAUCUAGUGACGACUUUUACGAUGAUUCAGAUGAUGGGAUUUAUGAAGCCAACGACUCUGAUCAUGAAUGGAGGUAA